AGAUUUUUAAUCAUAUCCCAUUCAGAGUUGAAAAUGAUACAUUGUUUAUUGAAGUAUUGGUGUUUAUUGACUACGAUAUGACUAUAAUGGAAGAAUAUGAUACUGAAGAAAAAAUAAUUGAGCAUGUAUUAACUAUGUGGGAUAGAGUAGAUGAAACUUAUCAGCAUUUGAAGAAGACGAAUAUUAAAAUAAACCUUGCUGGGAUCGUUAUACCCAAAGAUUCAGGAGUUUUUAAUUUCUUCUAUAAACAUGAUAUUGAUAGAUUGACAGUACCUGCUAUAAACUAUGGAAAAGUAAUGGAUGAUAUGGGUCGGUGGCUUUAUAAUCACACAGAUAUAUUCCCGAGUGAUAGUUACGACGCUUUCAUGAUAUCAACUGAUUCUCCAGACGUUGAUCAUGGCAUAGGGAAUCUAGUAGGAGGAACGGCAAUGACGUAUGGUGCUUGUCGAACCGAACGCUACCGGAGGAUGACGUCCAGAGGAGGAAUUAUACAUGAUGUGGACGAUUUUAGUUACAGGCACGCCGUUCAUGAGCUAGCUCACCUAAUCGGAAUUGACCAUGAUCAAGACACUCAAUGUUCGAAUGAUACUAAUACAGUGAUGCAAGCGCAUAAUGAUGGAUGCACCACCACAUGGUCGUCAUGUUCGGAAAAUUCCUUCCUUGAACGUUAUGGGAAAAAUUGGUUUCCAUGUCUGGCAAAUAUACCUAAACAUUUUUCAUUAAUAAUUGUGUAAAUUACAAUCAAAACCAUUU